AUGCAAAAAAGAGAAAAGAGCAGCUAUGCGAGCAUGGAUCGAAUUGAGGAUGCUCAGUUUCCUAACUUUGUCAUUUCGUUGAGUGCUGUUCUGCUGUUUUCCAUCGUCGUCCUGUACCAUGGCGUUCCCGCUCCAAUGUCGCUGCCCGGUCCAUUGCCGUGGGUCGGGCUUCGAGAUGAAAGGUUCCAGAAGCCAAGAGCCCAUCUGCGCGAUGCGAAGCAUGGCCAUGAGUACUUGAAGGAAGGGUACGAGAAGUACAGCAAACAGGGGAAGGCCUUUGUGUCGCCGCACAUGGGCUUCAGAGAAGUCGUCGUUCUUCCACCGGCCUCUAUACCCUGGCUGCUGCGGCAGCCGGAAGACCGUGUCAGCCAACCCAAGAUGAUGUCACGCAUGCUGCAAUCCAAACACCUUCUCCCCGCCCACCCUGCAGAUGAGGUUUUCCACGCAUCCACCAUCAGGGUUGAUCUCAAUCGCCAUCUCGCAGCCCUGACCUCGGACAUAGCCGACGAAAUCCACGCCGGCCUGCUAGAUGCAUGGGGAGCAGACACUUCCAACUUCCGCUCCGUCUGCGUCUCAGACACCAUGGGGCACAUUGCCACCCGCGUCUCGACCCGCGUCUUCUUCGGCCAAGAGCUGGUCCGGGACGCCGACUUUGUCGCCCACACAGGCGCCUUCUCUACCGGCUUAGCCACCUGCUCCGGGAUCCUUGCCCUCUUUGUGCCUCGCGCCCUCCAGCCGCUGUUGGGCCCGCUGCUCGCACUGCCAGUCCGCUACCACGCCUGGCAUAUGAACCGCAAGCUCAUCCCGCUCAUCCAGCGCCGGCUGGCCUCAUCUCCCUCGACGCCGAAAGAAGCCCGGCCGAAUGACCUCCUACAGUUCCACAUCGAAUCCGCCCUUGGCUCCUCCUCGGCGGCCGACCGCUCGCCCGCCACCAUCGCCGCGCGCCUGCAGCUGCUCAUCAGCUUCGCCGCCAUCCCGACCACCCACCUCACGCUCACCAGCGCUCUGCUCAACCUCGCGACUUGCCAUCCGCCCCUUUCCUCUCUCCCUCCUUCCGCUCCCCCUUCCCUCCCGAUUCCCCCGCCGUGGAGCUCGUCCCCCGAAGCUCUGCUGACCCUCCGGGCCGAAGCUGAGGCCAUACUCGCGCGCCAUGGCGGCACGUGGACGCGCGCGUCGCUCCUGCAGCUGGUGCGCGCGGACUCGUUCCUCAAGGAGACGAUGCGGCUGGACACGUUCGCCGGCAGAGGGUUGCUGCACGAGGUCGUGGCGGAGGGGGGUGUGGCGUUGCCCGGUGGCGAGAGAGUGCGAAAAGGCGCGUGGGUGGGCGUGGCGGUGGGGGAGAUACAGAAAGACGAGGACGUCUACGGGAAAGGUGCUGGGGAGUUUGACGGGUGGAGGUUUGUGGCUGAGGAGACGAAGGCGGAGAGGAAGGGAGAGGAAGGGGACGACGGCGGCGGCGAUGAUGCCGCAUUAAUGGGAGCUGGCGCUGGGAGCAGAAGCAGCAUGGUGACGACGAGCGAUGUGUUCCUGGCGUUCAGUCGCGGUAGACAUGCGUGUCCCGGCAGGUUCUUCGCGGCGAACGUGAUGAAGUUGGUGUUGGCGUACGUGGCGAUGGAGUACGACAUCGGGCGGUUGGAGAAGCGACCGGAAAAUGUGAGGAUAAGCGACAUCUCGGCACCUUCGCCCAAAGCGGCGAUUGAGAAGCCAAAGGUGGGCACACAAGCUUCGACAAGCUUCAGGGCUGAUCUUGGCAGCCCUGACCGCCUCAGUCCCCCGCGUCUCGAUCAACGAACCGCGACGCUGGCACCAAUCGCUUGCGUGCACGAUCGACCCCAUGACACAUCUCCAAAGGCGGAGAAAACCGCGCAGCCGAAGCGUCGCUCCCAACUGGGCUCCAGAUCAUCGCCGGGGUUCCGGCCCGCCGCGACAUCCGACGAAGUGGGGGAAAGUAUUCGACCACAACAUGACUUCGACGACAUUGGCCCCGCAUCAAGAAGCCCCCUUCGUAUUUCCGCCAGCCCCUUCAGACGCCCCGCAGUGUCACAGCCGCCUUGCAACGGUAUCCACUCAGCUGCCGAGGCUGAUCAACCACCGCUCCCGAGACAUACCCCUCCCCUCCCCCUCCCCCUCCCUCUCCCCCAAUUGAACAGUACCGCCAAUCCCAAAGACCACGACCAGUUCCAGGAACGCAACGACACAAAGAAGAGGGACAGUAUGGGUCUUAUCGGCGAUCUCGUAUCCGAAUUCACCCACUCCGGGCAGCAACAGCCACAGGAACCGUCGUACGGUGGUGGCAGCAGCAACAGCGGCGGCUACGGCUACGGCGACUACAGCCAAGGCCAGCCACAGCCGCCGUACGUCCAGCCGCCGUGGGUCGCGCGCUGGGACGGCGAGGCCGGCCGCUGGUUCUUCGUCAACGAGCAGACGGGCGCCCGCACCUUGGAGCACCCCGGCGGCAGCUACCGGGAAUCCGGCUACUACCAGGGCGGCCCCCCGCCGCCGGGCCAGGACUACAGCGGCGACAGAUACGGCGGUGGCGGACAGCGUGUCGACUACGUCGACGACGAGGAGAAGAGGUCGGGCGGCGGCAAUGGCUUGAUGUACGGCGCCAUUGGCGCGGCGGCGGGCGUGGCGGGCGGUGCGCUGUUGAUGCACGAGGGGGACAAGAUUGCGGACGACUGGGACGAAGACAAGGCGCGUCUCGAGCAAAAGGCCGAGCAUGCCGAGCAAGACGUCGAGGAGUUCCCCGAGGACGCGGCGCGCUGGACGGGCGAAGCCGCCGGCCACGUCGAGAACAUCCCGGACGACGUCGAGCGGGGCUGGGACCGCGCCGAGAACAAUGUCGAGCAAGGCUGGGACAACACCGAGAACAGGGUGGAGCGGGGUUGGGACAACACGGUCGACGCGGUCGAGGACGCGCCCGAGAACGCGGCCGAGUGGGUGGGAGAGGGCGUCGGUAACGUCGAGCAGGGCUGGGACAGAGCUGAAAACAACGUCGAACAAGGCUGGGACAACACGGUCGACGCGGUCGAGGACGCGCCUGAGGAUGCGGCCGAGUGGGUGGGCGAAGGCGUCGGUAACGUCGAGCGCUUCGGUGAUGAGGUUGACAAUUACGGCGACAGCUUAGAGGCGAGCUACGAUGAGGGCAGGGACGAGGCUAGGUACGAUGACUAG